GCGCCGCCGGCCAUGGCGGCCGAGGAGGAGGACGACGUGGAGUGGGUGGUGGACACCAUCGCCGGCUUCCUGCGGGGGCCCGCCUGGUCCAUCCCCAUCCUGGAGUUCAUGGAGCACAACUGCGAGGUUUUUGAUGAUGAAGAAGAAAGCAAGCUGUCUUACACAGAAAUUUACCAGGAGUACCAAGCUCUGGUGGAGAGAUUAUUAGAGGACUACCUUAAAGAAGUUGGGAUUAAUGAGGAGAAAUUUCAAGAGGCUUUUUCUUCUCCUCUUGCAAAGACCCACACCUCCCAGGCCAUCCUGCAAACAGUGUUGGCAGCAGAAGAUUUUAGACUAUUUAAAAAAAUGAUGGUACAGAAAAAUAUUGAAAUGCAACUGCAAGCAAUUCGGAUCAUCAAAGAGAGAAAUGGUGUAUUGCCUGAGUGUUUGACAGAGGGUUCUGAUGUAUUCACUGAAAUUGAACAGGAAGAAAUGAAAAUACUCAGGGAGGUUCUAAGAAAAUCUAAGGAAGAGUAUGAAAUAGAGCAAGAGAGAAAGAGGACUGAAGAAGCACGUGCUAAACUCAAAGCUCCAGAUGUUAGCCACAGUUCUCCAGGAAAUUCGAGAGAGGCUGGUAAAGUUAAGGAAUCCACUGAGGGAGCUGAGCAUUCUGAAGAAACUCCCAAAUGCCCAUUAGAGGGAUCUCAUAAAUCUACAAAAGAAGACCCCAAACCAGUUUGCCCAGUACAAAAAGGAGCUGAAAACUUACCCCAGCCCUCUUGUACCAAGGGGAAAGAAGACACUAAGAAAAGGUCUGCUGGGAAAGGUUCAGAGAACACAGUGCAAAAAGCUGGGGUGAAAGGACCUAAUUUAUCAGAAGCUGAAAAGCAGCAGCUGAAGCAACGUGAGGACUACCUGAAGAAAAAACGAGACCUGCUGCUGGCUACAAAGAAAGAGUCAAAAAAUAACGCACCAGCACCAAACACUGAGCAGAAAGAGGAGGAGUCCCCUCCUAAAGAGGAAGUGUCAGAAGAGAAGCAGAGGCUGCUGCAGAAGAGGAAGAUGCUUGCAGAAAAGCUGAAAGAAGAAGUCAUUAAUAAGCGGUAGUUUGAAGAGGCUCACUGCUGACCCCAAGAACAGAGGGAUGUUUUAGAAUAAGUUCUCAGUAAGUGAAGGGAUUUCCAAUCUUGCCCUGGGCUUUAGAGAACUUCCAGCCAAGCAGCUCAGUACCUGCUAACUCCCUAUUGCAAAUGCCACUGAACACUCCAUGGACACUGGUUUUGCAGAGUGCUGGGAACUCCCUGGCUCUGUCCCACUGCAGGGCACAGCCCUGCUCCAGCCUGAGCCUGCAGAGCAGAGGAGCCAUGGAGAGCUGGGCAGGGAACCCCUGUGGCAACAGCUCCCAGCCCAGCACUUGAACUUCAUUGCAACAGUGCACAACUUGGCUCCUUUCAUUAGCCCAUUGCAAACAAAUGGCUCUUUUCCAGCUGUGCAGUGCAAUAAAGUCUGGUAUCACAAGGAAGUGCACCCUCGACCACCUCAUUUGUGAAAAGCCAAUGUACCUUGGGAGUGAAGACAUUCACAAAUUAACUCCAGGUUACAGUGGGUGACAGUGCCCAGGUCCCAGUUUGCAAUAAAUGCAGCUUUAAAUAACAGGAGUUGCUUUAGUGCAAAGCUGAGGCUGUUCCCAGCAAUUCACUGCCAAAGUAGCAGAAACCUGUUCAAGUCCUUUACUGGUUUGGCUGUGACCAAUUUGAGGAGAAAGAGGUUGCCCUUUGCCCAGGGCAUCACCUCACUGCCACAGCAACUCCCAGGAAAAGACACAAACCCACCCAUUCGAGUUUCAUGGAAUUUUUAUUAAAAUAGCACUUAUAACUGGUACACGUUGGCAGAUGUUCUGUUUUCCCCAGAGGAGUGGCAGUGGGAGGCCCCAGGCAGGGAACAAACACAGCUGCCCUCGAGGGCAGACAGGGAACCAGCACCCAGGGGUGACAGCCCCAGGGAGAAGCCAGAGUGCUGGGUGUCACCUUCUCCCAGCAUUGCAGGUUGGUGUUGAACAGGAGAUCUGCUGCCACUUCACCCAGUCCUGUCCUAGGAACCAUCAGCACUGAUGACAUUCUUGGUUUUGCUGCGAAACAAGCUGCUGUUGGAGUGUGUUUUUAAAGCUCCAGCCAUACUGCAGCAGGUGGAGUGGUGAGCAGGGCAAGGACUGGCACUGCUCAGGAGUCCCUGGAGAACUUGGGAGGCUGUUGAGAAUCAGGAAUGCAGGUCCACGCUCCAGUGAUGCCACUUCUCCUCAGGUGAUUGAAGGCACUUCCCAGGUACCUGCUGCUCUCUUGGCCUGUGAAUCUUUGGUGAUGGAGACAAAGAGCCACUGGGAAGCACAGCAGCUCAGGAGUGAGCUCACGAGGGUGGUGCUGCAGCUUCUCUUCCCUGGCAAACAUUUCCUUGGCUCUGGAGCUGUUCCCUCAGAGUCCUGUGCUGGGUGACCACUGUCCCCAGGGCCAUCAGAGCACCUGUGUCUUGCUUACACACAGGGAAGAGCUCACCCCUUCCCUCUGGGAUUCAUCCUUGGAAACCUGCAUGGAUAACUAACCUUAAACAACAUCCACAGUGAAAAGCCUGAGUUCACUUACCAUGUGUAACAAACCAAACAAAAGCAAUAAUUAUGGAAUUACAGGGUCACAUUUUAAUUCCUGAAUUUUACAGUUCAGCAUUAAUAUCACCACAUGUAUACAAAUGGUGUAAAACAAGUACAGUGGUAUCUUUAAUACAAAAUAAACUUCUGUUUUAUGGAAAAAACUAUACUUCAUAUCUACACAGACAGCCCAUCUUUUUCCAAACAAGAGCUAAAAUUAAAACUAACUACAAAAAUCUCCAAAACAGAGAAACUGCUUCAGUUUAAACUAUUCCAGGAGAAAUGGACCCAUAACACAUAUUACAAGAGUGAUCUAUGUGGUGGAUUGCAGCUGGUUCCAUCUUGAACAUCUCUGACACAGUCGCUGGGAAAUCUCCUCUCACUGAGUUAUGAUCUCAGAUCACAUAUGGGCAAACUAACAUUGAAAUAUUUACAGUUCAUGUGCUGCUCUUGAAAAGAAAACCUGGACUGUUUGCCACCUUGCCAUGAGCUCCCCUAUUCCUGUCACAGCUCGCUCACCUAUGUGGAAUGUGCUCUUGUGUUUUAAAAAGCAGCUUUGUCCCACCCCCAGGUUCAGGUGCUCCUUGUGGAUUCUGUCUCCAAGCCCUCAAGGUGUUCUCUUGGUCCAAACUGACUUUGGUGUUAAAUGCUGCUCAGCCCAUCACUGAGAAACUGUGAGUGUUUCUUAUUCCCACCUCAACCAUGCAACUUCAGCUCCCAAACAGGGAGGCAGCCCUUGGAACACCACUGGAAUCUGGGCUCUUCCCAGCCUGGAGCCAACAGCUGAGGGAUGUCCCCACCAUGACACAGGCAGCUCCUGCAGACCCCUGGGAAGCCACUGCUCCUUGGCAUAGAUAUCUCUGGACGUCUUACUGACAAAACAAGCAAAACUUUCCAUUUUGAAUCCAGCUUCCAUUCUCUCCUCUUGGAAAAUACAAAUUAAAACUUUGAACUGUUUUAAACAACUCAACAUGCACUAUAACUGCAGUGCCCCUCCCUCC